GAUAGAGAUACAGAUACAGCUCCGAAGCGAGUGCGAGCAAGACAGCGAUAAAGCUGGCAAUUCCAACUCCUGUUACUGCUCUGCGCGCUCUGCUUCGUUCUGUUCCGUUCCUGCCAUACGAGUUUAUACUUGGUUAACGUCCACAGCUGCAUCCUUUUGUGGUGUGUUUCGCGCUGCUUCUUUUCGACAGCACACAGCACACCCUCUUGCUGUUGCCGACGACGCCACUGCACGGCUCGGGAACUGGCAAAGCAAAGGCAACGACACGACAGAGCAAAGCAAAGGCAUAGCACAGAGCAGUCGAAAGCAGAGCCAGAAACUGCUGGCUAUAGAGUGUUUGGAUGACUGCCUCGCUGUGGACGAAACGAAAGACAGGCGGCAACUAAACUAAAACUAAAUACAUGCAGGCAAGCACAGGCAAGCGGCGGUCGCAUAAAGCAUAAAGAGCAGUACAUUGACACACCAUCAAGCAGUAGAAGAUAGGGGAAACCUACAUCUGUAUAUAUUUCAUACAUAUAUACAUACAGACACACAUUCAUCGAAAUAUACAAGUUCAGGCUAAAAGGAGGCUGCUCUCCUCUCCAAACACCAUCCUUUGCAUCCGCAUCCGCAUUUGCAUCAAACCCAAAAACGAUAAAAGAUGGCCAACGGCAAGGCGACGGUGUCGUUCUUCGAGAACGGGAGCACCACACAGUUCGAGUACUGCUUCAAGCUGUAUCCGCAGGUGCUCAAAAUGAAGGCAGAGAAGCGGUCGAAGAAGCCGCAGGAGCUGAUCCGACUAGACCAGUGGUACCAGAACGAUUUGCCGCGCCUGAUCAAGGCACGGGGAAAGGACGCUCACAUGGUGUACGAUGAGCUGGUGCAGACCAUGAAGUGGAAGCAGUCUCGCGGAAAGUUCUAUCCGCAGCUCUCGUACCUGGUCAAGGUGAACACACCGCGCGCCGUCAUGCAGGAGACAAAGAAGGCCUUCCGCAAGUUGCCCAACCUGGAGCAGGCAAUUACAGCUUUAUCGAAUCUAAAGGGCGUCGGCACAACGAUGGCCUCCGCCCUGCUGGCGGCCGCCGCACCCGAUCGCGCUCCCUUCAUGGCCGAUGAGUGCUUGAUGGCCAUACCAGAGAUCGAGGGCAUUGACUACACCACCAAGGAGUACCUCAACUUUGUGAACCACAUCCAGUCCACGGUGGAGCGCCUGAAUGCCGAGGUGGGUGGUGAGACGCCGCACUGGUCUCCGCACCGCGUCGAGCUGGCCCUUUGGUCACACUACGUGGCCAACGACUUGAGCCCCGAGAUGCUUGACGACAUGCCACCCCCAGGCACCGCAUCUAUCAGCACAAAUGGCGCAAGCAACAAUGUCCUCGACGGCGACGACACCAACGAUGGUGUGGCCGUGGAUCUUGACGACGAGAGCCAAGGCGCAGGUGGGCGCAACACUGCAACAGAGUCGGAGACCGAGAAUGAGAAUACCAAUCCGGCCGCUUUAACGCCGCUAGAUGUGGGCGAGGCCAAGAGCAAUGCCACUGCCGUGGGAGCCGCCCUGCAGGAUGGCGACUCGAACUUUGUGUCGAACGAUUCAACCUCCCAGGAGCCGAUCAUCGAUGACAACGAUGGAACCACACAGACAACGGCCACCACAUCCACAGAAGACGGUGAACCAAUUGGGAUCGGAAUUGGCCUGGUCAGCGGUGGCACACCUCUGGCCUCCGACUCAGAAAGCAACCUCGAGGCGCCUCUAAACACCAAUCGCUUGAAUGCGGUCGGUCCAGUGCAGCCGAGCAAACCACAGACCCAGCCUUCGACCCAGAACCAGACACAGAGCCCGACCCACAACAACAGCAAGCAGCAGAUCAACAAUGGUCAAGCGACUCCAGCGGAACAGCCGCCAGCAAAGGGAGGACCGGCAACGGCCGCUGCCAACGGCAAUGGUAAUGGCAAUGGAGUGUUGGGGGUCAACGAUCUCGACGAUGGCGAGGAGGAAGAAGAUGAGGAGGACGAGCUGGACGAGGAGGAUAACAACGAGGAUGCGGAUCUAGAAGCUGAUGAGAGCAACAGCAGCAACAGCAAUGCGCGCGACAGCAAACUGCAACAGCUGGCGGACUCCGCUGGAGCGGGAAAGGUGGUGGCUACAACAGUCACCGAGACGGUGGCGGCGGCCAUCGAGCCGAUUAAGGGGGCGGCAACGGAGACGACGUUGUCAUCGCCUGCCAUUGGACAGAAGCGUACGGCCCUGCACUGUGAGAUGGAGUUGAGCAAUGUGCCAGCCGGGGCAGUGGAUGGCGGUGACAAGUCGCCGGAGCUGAAGAAGCUGCGCAGCGAAUGAGUUGGGAGCAGGAAUCAACGGUUAUCGAUCGAUCGAUCGGUUUGGUUCGCUUCGGAUCGGUUCGGUUCGGCUCGCCGCGUAUCUGGUGGAAAGACAUAUGUAUGUAGUGCAGUUGAGUCGACCUAGAGACAUAGAGCAACAUUACCUACACUUUACCACAACAACAUUCAAGAAAUUCUACUAUUAAGCAACUAACUAUACAUACAUAUAAUAUAUUAUAUAUAUAUAUACACACCCCACACACAAACAAAAACACAUAACGAGAAGCAAACAAAAACCAACACUCACCAUACAAACCACACACACUGCACACACCAUGCAUGAUACAACAAACAACAGGACACAACUGGACUAAGGAUGCUCGCAUCCCGAUCCAGCAGAAGACAUUUCAAUAACAGGAGAAGGCGACUCGGAUUCAGAUUCAGAUACAGAUACAGAUACAGAUUUGGAGCAUUGCAGCGUUAAACGUAAUAUAAUGGAUUGAAGAGCAAAAUACACACACCUUACGUGAAUAGUAACUAAAGCGAGAUAAGAUGAUAUUUUUACACAGUCGAAAUGAACAUUUAAUUAUAAAGAAAUUUACAAAUGCCGCAGUUGCCCCACAAAACAGAAA